AUGGCACCUAUCACGACAGCAUCGGACGAGAGCAACCACAUGGCGCUUCUCGAUAAGCUCGAUAUGCAAAAGAUCCACAAACCAUUCCGCAACCCAAAGUGGAAGCCUGCCCAGCGCCGCAACAAGACGGUGAAGCAGAUUGUGUCGGAAGCGCAGCGCAAGGAACAGCAGCUGCUGCAACAAUCAGUACAGGCCACUCGUAACAACAGUGCUGCCGGAACUCCUCAGCCAGAGGUCACUACCGAGCCCGACCCGCAACCUGUACAGCCGAUCGUCACACCCAGCUACACAUACACGUCCAUCCAAGCUGCGCCAUCGUUCAAGCCAAAGCAAAAGUACUGCGAUCUCACCGGCCUUCCCGCUCCCUACAGCGACCCCAAGACCGGCCUGCGCUACCACAACACUGAAGUCUACUCGGUCAUCAAGACUUUGAGUACCACUCAAGUGCAAGAGUAUCUGGCUGCUAGAGGUGCACACACUAUCCUCAAGUGA